AUGGUGGAUUUUCAUCCUGUGGAAGUUGAUGUUUUAACCUGUCACCAGAUUAGAGAAAACAUUGAACGUAUAUUACACAACCUCUCCAACACGUUCCAGAAAAACUCGCAUUUCCAGGUUGCAUUCAAAUGUAAAUCUACUGGUUUUUGUGACAGCAGAGAAAGCGCUGUCAUAAGUGAAUCUAAGUUUAUCAAAGACACUUUUCAGUGUCCAUCCUGUCCGGCAAACAAAAAGCACCGAAUCAUCUCAGAAGAUAUAAAAAAGUACUGGGAACAGACAAAACCAAAUAAUCCUAGCAGUUCGAGGGCUUCUGGACAAGACCUUGGAGGCCGAUCUAGAUUUGCCAAACUUGGAAUGGCAACAAACGAUGUAUUAAAUCAGGCAUACAGAGACAUAAUAGAGAUGGAGGUCCCUCAUUCCAUUGUUUAUAUUAAAGUGAAAGCAUCACCAAAUUUUCACAGAAGAUUGCGCCCUGAACAAGAACAACUCUUGAUAGAUGCUGCACAUUUGGGAUAUAAGAAUUUUGAUAUUUAAUUAACAUACACAUUGAUCAAAAAAUGUGGAGACGAGCCUGCAGCAGGAGAGGAAACAGUCGGUGAUGAUGUCGAGAGAAUAAGGUCAAUCCGAAAUAGUUUGACUGCACACGUGAGCUCAGCCUCCACCCCUCAGACAGAAUUUAAAGACACCUGGUCAAUGAUGUCAGAUAUCUGCAAGAGAUUGGAAAUCUUCACGAGAAAGAAGUACUUUGAUAAGCUUGAAGAUAUUCAAAAACUACACAUAAAGGAGAAAGAUGAAGAUACUUUUAAAAAAAUGAAAGAAAUGUGGGAGAAAAUCAAAUGAAAUAUGCAAAAAUUCGAAACAACAUUCAAACCUUACAUAGAUGCUACAAAUUAGAAUAACCAACCUUAGAAUCUGGGGCGAAAUAUUGGAAUCAUAACGUAAAAACUUAACGGGUUACGGUGAAGCCAGUACGUGUGGAUGUCCUAGAAACAACGUAUGAAAGCAAAGAUGCUACAAAAUAGGAGUAUUACUUGUAAAUCGUAUGACUUCGUGAAAGUGUAUAUCAUUAAAGUACCGGUAGUCAAAAUUCGUUAUCGAAUAUCAGUGAUAUUUUUUGUAGGAUCUGAUGCGUAAACCUGUGACUCAUCAUCAUAUUGUUAUCUGGGACAGCUGAUUAAAACAAAUUUAUCUUUUUUACAAUGAAAAAAUAAUGAAUGGAUUAUAAUUAUCUUGUACGAUAUUAAGGGGAAAAUUUACUUUUGAACGAGUAAGCAUAGAUAUGAAUUAGUAUUUUGCAGAAUACUCUUAAAUAUUGCAUUGUACUUGAGUAAGCAUUUCUCCAUAGCAAAAGCACUAAAACGAAUACACAACCAAAUGUAUAUACAUUUACAGUACUUUAAUUUCAUGAAUUGAGAUCAAAAUUCAAAGAGGG